AUGGUGAGAACAAGGAAUGUGUUUAUUCUGCAGGACGCACAUGGGGACCCAGACACACACUGUCCUCUAACGGUGAAAAUCCUGGAUGCUGUCAAAGGGACACCAGCUGCUUCAGUGGCACUGAAGGUGUCUCGGAAAGGUGCAGAUGGUGAAUGGACACAGAUCACUAAAGGAGUGACAGACACGACCGGGGAAGUCCAUAAUUUAGUCACGGAGGAGGCAUUCACAACAGGAGUAUAUAGAGUUUGGUUUGAUACCAAGACUUAUUGGAAGAACGCAGGGAGUACACCAUUCUACGAAGGAGCUGAUGUGGUGUUUGAGGCCCAUGCUGAAGGUCACCGUCACUACACCAUAGCCCUGUUGAUCAGCCCGUUCUCCUACACCACUACCACCCUGUUCUACGAGACACAGCACUGACUUACAUCACAGAGAACACCAGCUCUGCUGCCACAGCCACCGGGCAGAACCGUUACCGACUUCAACAAUGAAGUUUUAAUGUAUUGAUUAAAAAAUUUAAAAACGUUUAAGAGUAACGUUGCAAUUUUUAGAUAAUAGUGACAAGAACAACUCAAGUUUAUAAAAAAAGAUAGAGUAAUAAGAUUUUGGGAUAUGUCAUUGCCAUAAAACUCACACUAUAGGAAAAAAUGUGAUAUCUUCAUGAAGUAUUUGUAUGUUAAAUUAUGUUAAAGUACAUCUCCCUCAUUUAAACACUAAUUUGUUCCCACUUUAUGA